UGACCUUGAGAUUGUAGACGCAUUCAAAAGUGACACAUGUCUUCGUGAGCUCGAGGAAGUAAAGUUCAUCUUAAACAUUCAAUCAAUAUUGGAAAUCAGAAUCAGUCUACUAGAUAAUUGUUUCUUGGAUAACUAAUUUGUCAUGUUACAUAUGCUUGGUGUUCACUUUUUCUAAAAUCAUUCUCUCUAUAUCAUCUAUUGACGUCUGUAUAGUCAUUUUGAAACUUGAAAAAUAAACACAAUUUACAUGGAAAUAGUACAAAACUACUUUAACUUCAUUCUUCUUGUCAACAUUUAUUGGAUGUUCAAGUGAAUGAUUAUAUCUAAGUGGUAAUUGUUGGUGAUAUCAUAAGAAAAACAUGAAUCGUAAAUAUUUUAAUGAUGAAAAGUUUGACAAAUAUACACCUGAUGCAACAAACAAUCUACUAUCACCAAUAAAUGAGAUGAUAUCAUCACGAAAAUCAUCACAACCAGCAAUAAACCUGUUGUCGUCGUCGCCACCACCACCACCAACAGCAACAACACCACUGAAUGGAACAGAAACAGAAUUAACUGAUGUUAUCGGUGAUAAUAAGCAUAAGAAUAAAUGGAAAACAAGGAUUAGCUUAAUACUUCAUGCUAAAUUGUUUCAUUUGAUUAUUGUAAUAUUAUGUGCAUUAGAUGGACUACUGGUUAUUUGUAUGCUUCUUCUGGAAAUCGAAUCGCUUAAACUAAAGCAUGGAACACUUCGUUCUCGUUUAGUAAUGACUUCAUUCAUUUUUGAAUGUACAAGUUUUGCAAUAGUAACAUUAUUUUUAAUGGAAAUACUAAUUAAAUUAUGGGCGUUUGGUUUUAACUUUUAUCGUCAUCAAUGGAUCGAAAUAUUAGAUGGAUUAGUUUGUAUUGUUAGUUUUACAGUGGAUACUUAUAAUAUUCAUCGACAUGUAACACAUUCAAAAGAUAAUGAAAAUCAUAAAUUGUAUAAUGAUAAAAUAAUUAAUGAAACGUCUAAUGAAUAUAUAAACAAAGGUGUUCAAGAGACUAUUGCUGAUGCUGCUGGUUUAUUGGUUUUAUUUCGAUUAUGGCGUGUUAUACGUAUUGUAAAUGCUAUCAUAGUUUCUGUUACUGCUAGUCAAGAAAGAACAGUGAAAUGUCUGAAAGAAGCUCAAAUUGUUUCUUAUAAACGUAUUGAACAAUUGGAGCAAUUGCUUGACGACAAUAAUAUACCUAUACCUCCAUUAACGCCUAGAAGUAAAAAUAUAUUAGCAAAAAAGUCUGAAAAAUAAAAACUAAAUAGAUUUGUACUUCUGAAAAUUUAUUUCUGUUCACAAUUAUAACCAUUGUUUAUAUAUAUCAUUUAACUAUUCAAACUACUUUCUUUGAUUUGAGUAGUAUAAAUUGUUUAUGUGCAAUUCCUCUAUUACUGACUUCGUUUAGUAUUCGAUUAUUACUAUUAUUGUUAUUAUUACUAGUUUUUCAUAUUCAAAUUUUAUUUAUUUGUAUUUUGGUAAACAAUGUGAUUUACCUCAAUGUGUUGCAGCAGAUCAUUUAUACUUUUCAUUUAAGAUACGCGCUUCAAUAGAGAAAGUGCUAAUUUGUCUUAUUGCUAAUUGCAUUUACUUUGCUUCUGUACACUUUCUUUCAGUUCAGUGUUGGAAAGUAUGACCUUGAUCAGAAAUCAUUGUUUUCAACAAAAAAAAUGAUAUUUUCACGUUAAAAUUUUUUUUCAUUUGUAUCCAAAAGAUGCGUCUAUCUUGAUAAAAUUGAAUUACAUUGAA